AGUCGAGCGUUUUGUUGGCCAAAACAUUUGUCUCCGUAUGGGCUGGAGAAUAAAGAAGAUAUUUUUGUUCUCCACAGAAAUCUUGCCAGACAAACAAUAAUCUCCGACUCAGUGCAUAACUGAGAGUCUUUGACGCUGCACAGUAGGUCAAUAUGAAAAAUAAUGGUGUGAGAAACAAAUUCGACCGUUUGGAAAUUAACAAUGUAAUAGUUAGCUUCAGCAUUGCUAGCUAGCUAAUGUUAGCUCAAUACUAGUACAGCGAAAGGAACAGCAACGUGAUUUAUGACUAGCCUGGCUUUAGCGUGCUAAUUGUAGUCAGCUUUCUACUAUCAGUGGCUUUAGUGUCGUCGAAUAAUUGUAUUUUUUGGACGGUGUUUGAAAGUGGCUUUCAUGUUGGCUCUUGUCGUGAACUAUAAUAUGGCUAGUUAGUUAACGUUAUCCUGCUAACGUUAGCUUUGUUACUAACAGUAAGUUAGUGCAACUAGCACUCAGAUUUGUCGAUUAACGUCAGUUACCAGUAAGUUAGUGCAACUAGCAAGCUGGCUACAGAUAGGAUUAUUGAUAGUUGAGGAACCCUCAACUCCGUUCUCUUAUGUCGAGUUGGAGUUGCGUUUUGAUGAUUGUUCGCGGGAUUUGCUAGCAACAACAUUGAGUCACAAUCAGUCGAUCCUUUAAAACAAUUCAAUUCUGGGUCCGUGCUAUCAGGGAUCCUUGGGAACUAGAUAUCUAUUCCUUCUGCCAAUUUAAAUUGUAGGUAGCUAUGUAACAUAGACCCUUGGGCUUAGUUUACAGAUAACAUCAGUAAGUAAUGCCAACUGCUUUCUGAUGAUACACAAGAUUCGAGAUUAGCGCGCCAGCUAGUCAAGUCUCCACACAAAACAACCCGAAUAGCUAGGUACAAUUUACAGAUAUCAAAACAGUGCUAUCUAUCUAAAGUAUUGAAUUUAAAUCUAAAUCAACAGGCAAAGCCCUGUAUCACAUAGGAAAUGCAUAAUGUUCAGCUGACAAGUACACUAUAUAUACAGAAGUAUGUGGACACCCCUUCAAAUUAGAAGAUUUGGCAAUUUCAGCCACACUCGUUGCUGUCAGGUGUAUAAAAUCGAGCACACCGCCAUGCACUCUCCAUAGACAAACAUUGGCAGUAGAAUGGCCUUACUGAAGAGCUCAGUGCCUUUCAAUGUGGCACCGUCAUAGGAUGCCACCUUUCCAACAAGUCAGUGCGUCAAAUUUCUGCCCUGCUAGAGCUGCUCCGGUCAACUGUAAGUGCUGUUGUGAAGUGGAAACGUCUAGGAGCAACGACGGCUCAGCCGCGAAGUGGUAGGCCACACAAGCGCACAGAACGGGACUGCCGAGUGCUGUAGCGCGUAAAUAUAGUCUGUUGUAACACUCACUACCGAGUUCCAAACUGCCUCUGGAAGCAACGUCAGCACAAUAAUUGUUCGUUGGGAGCUUCAUGAAGUGGCUUUCCAAGGCAGAGCAGCCGCACACAAGCCUAAGAUCACCGGAGUGGUGUAAAGCUAGCUGCCAUUGGACUCUGGAGUGAUGAAUCACACUUCACCAUCUGGCAGUCCGACGGAUUAAUCUGCGUUUGGCAGAUGCCAGGAGAACGCUACCUGCCACAAUGCAUAGUGCCAACUAUAAAGGAGGAGGAAUAAUGGUCUGGGGCUGUUUUUCAUGGUUUGGGCUAGGCCCCUUAGUUCUAGUGAAGGGAAAUCUUAACACUACAGCAUACAAUGACAUUCUAGAUGAUGCUGUGCUUCCAACUUUGUGGCAACAGUUUGGAGAAAGCCCUUUCCUGUUUCAGCAUGACAAUGCCCCCGUGCACAAAGCGAGGUCCAUACAGAAAUGGUUUGUCGAGAUCGGUGUGGAAGAACUUGACAGGCCUGCACAGAGCCCUGACCUCAACCUCAUGGAACACCUUUGGGAUGAAUUGGAACGCCGACUGCGAGCCAGUCCUAAUCGCCCAACAUCUGUGCCCGACCUCACUAAUGCGCUUGUGGCUGAAUGGAAGCAAGUCCAUGCAGCAAUGUUCCAACAUCUAGUGGAAAGCCUUCCCAGAAAAGUGGAGGCUGUUAUAACAGCAAAGGGGGGACCAACUCCAUAUUAAUGCCCAUGAUUUUGGAAUGAGAUGUUCAAUCAGGUGUCCACAUACUUUUGGUAGUGUAGUGUAGCUAGGAUGUUUGUGAAUGUCAAUCCAUGCUAUAUAAUUUCCUAUUCCUUUAGAGCUAUGGACCAGGACUAUGAGUGUCGGCUACUCAGGCAGAUCAACAUCCAGAACGAGAACGCCAGCCCUAUAGUAAGUGGUUCGAUUUUAUAAAAGGUAUUGUCUGUACUGUGCAUUGGCUUGUGUUUCCCAAUAUCGUUCUGUAUUGAGAUGGUACAUGUAAACUCAGCUUUUCACAAUUCCUGACAUUUAAUCCUAGUAAAAAUUCCCUGUCUUAGGUCAGUUAGGAUCACGACUUUAUUUUAAGAAUGUGAAAGGUCAGAAUAAUAGUAGAUAGAAUGAUUUAUUUCAGCUUUUAUUUCUUUCGUCACAUUCCCAGUGGGUCAGAAGUUUACAUACACUCAAUUAGUAUUUGGUAGCAUUGCCUUUAAAUUGUUUAACUUGGGUCAAACGUUUCGGGUAGCCUUCCAUAAGUUGGGUGAAUUUUGGCCCAUUCCUCCUGACAGAGCUGGUGUAACUGAGUCAGGUUUGUAGGCCUCCUUGCUCGCACACGCUUUUUCAGUUCUGCCCACACAUUUUCUAUAGGAUUGAGGUCAGGGCUUUGUGAUGGCCACUCCAAUACAUUGACUUUGUUGUCCUUAAGCCAUUUUGCCACAACUUUGGAAGUAUGGUUGGGGUCAUUGUUCAUUUGAAAGACCCAUUUGCGACCAAGCUUUAACUUCCUGACUGAUGUCUUGAGAUGUUGCUUCAAUAUAUCCACAUAAUUUUCCUUCCUCAUGAUGCCAUCUAUUUUGUGAAGUGCACCAGUCCCUCCUGCAGCAAAGCACCCCCAGCAUGAUGCUGCUACCCCCGUCCUUCACGGUUGGGAUGGUGUUCUUCGGCUUGCAAGUGUCCCCCUUUUUCCUCCAAACAUAACGAUGGUAAUUAUGGCCAAACAGUUCUCUGGUCUGAUAAAACAAAAAUAGGACAUUUCUCAAAAAUUUACGAUUUUUGACCCCAUGUAGUCUGGCUUUUUUAGGGCAGUUUUGGAGCAGUGGCUUCUUCUUUGCUGAGCAGCCUUGCAGGUUAUGUCGAUAUAGGACUUGUUUUACUGUGGAUAUAGAUACUUCUGUACCUGUUUCCUCCAGCAUCUUCACAAGGUCCUUUGCUGUUGUUCUGGGAUUGAUUUGCACUUUUCGCACCAAAGUACGUUCAUCUCUAGGAGACAGAACGCGUCUCCUUCCUGAGCGGUAUGACGGCUGCGUGGUCCCAUGGUGUUUAUACUUGCGUACUAUUGUUUGUACAGAUGAACGUGGUACCUUCAGGCGUUUGGAAAUUGCUCCCAAUGAUGAACCAGACUUGUGGAGGUCUACAAUUUUCUUUCGGAGGUCUUGGCUGAUUUCUUUUGAUUUUCCCAUUAUGUCAAGCAAAGAGGCACUGAGUGUGAAGGUAGGCCUUGAAAUACAUCCACAGGUACACCUCCAAUUGACUCACAUGAUGUCAAUUGGCCUAUCAGAAGCUUCUAAAGCCAUGACAUUUUCUGGAGUUUUCCAAGCUGUUUAAAGGCUCGGUCAACUUAGUGUAUGUAAACUUCUGACCCACUGCAAUUGUAAUACUUUGAAUUAUAAGUGAAAUAAUCUGUCUAAACAAUUGUUGGAAAAAUUAGUUGUGUCAUGCACAAAGUAGCUGUCCUAACCGACUUGCCAAAACUAUAGUUUGUUAACAAGAAAUUUGUGGAGUGGUUGAAAAACAAGUUUUAAUGAAUCCAACCUAAGUGUAUGUAAACCUCCGACUUCAACUGUAUAUGAUGUUCCCUUGUUUACAGCUUGCAAAUGUCUUAGAAUUUAAACCUUAAAAGAUAGUGUCUAAAUGUAUUCAUGUAUGAAUUGCUUGGCACACUCAGCUGAACACAGAAUGUUCAGGGAUUUGGAGAGUGAGUUUUAGUUCAAUUGAUGGGACAUGGGGUAAUGGUCAUCUAUCCAGAGAUACCAGGGAUGUUAAAGUUAAUCGGUUAGCCAUCAUGCUUUUCGGUCUAUAGGUUAAUUUGCAUAUUUUGGUGGAAUUAAAUUGCUGAGCAAAUGUGUGUAUUUUCGUUAAUCGUCAUGUGUCUCAUCACACGCGCUUUGUAUACAGAGCAUAGUUUGUGGAGCAGAAUAGCCUAUCACCUGUCAGAUAGCGCAAGAGCAGCUCCUCAAAAAUGUGGUACUGGAGUGAGGUGUGCUUUUGUAAGCCCAGUUAUUGUGCAACAAAAUUCUAAAUGCAAAAUGCUAAUAUUUUGAUGGCCACGAUUAAGAGCUAUUUUUUUUUUUUAUCUCAACUUGUAAUUAAAUCGCGCCUCCCAUUUCAGUGCGUAAGCUAUAGCCUGCCUACUGUUGACUAUCAGCACGUAACUAGAGAACAACCUAUAAUCGGCCGAGACGAUAUAUUGAUCUAGUCUAUCGGCCCUUAUCUUUCGGUUUUGCCGAUAGUCCCUCUACAUAGCAAAGUUGCUGUUAUGCCAGCCGCCACUCACCGCCUGAGCCACGAACACUGCAUCACGAACACUCAAAACAGGUUUUUGGAAAUUUUUGCAAAUGUAUUAAAAAUACAAAACUGAUAUUACAUUUACAUAAGUAUUCAGACCCUUUACUCGGUACUUUUGUUGAAGCACCUUUGGCAGUGAUUACAGCCUGAAGUCUUCUUGGGUAUGACGUUACAAGCUUGGCACACCUGUAUUUGGGGAGUUUCUCCCGUUCUUCUCUGCUGAUCCUCUUAAGCUCUGUCAGGUUGGAUGGGGAGCGUCACUGCACAGCUAUUUUCAGGUCUCUCCAGAGAUGUUCGAUUCGGUUCUGAGUACGGGCUCUGGCUGGGCCACUCAAGGACAUUCAGAGACUUGUCCCGAAGGCAGUCCUGCGUUGUCUUGGCUGUGUGCUUAGGUUCAUUGUCCUGUUGGAAGGUGAACCUCCGCCCCAGUCUGAGGUCCUGAGCGCUCUGGAGCAGGUUUUCAUUAAGGAUCUCUCUGUACUGCUCCGUUAAUCUUUUCCUCGAUCCUGACUAGUCUCCCAGUCCCUGCUGCUGAAAAACAUCCCCACAGCAUGAUGCUGCCACCACCAUGCUUCACCGUAGGGAUGGUGCCAGGUUUUCUCCAGACGUGACGUUAGGCAUUCAGGCCAACGAGUUCAAUCUUGGUUUAAUCAGACCAGAGAAUCUUGUUGAUCAUGGUCUGAGACUCCUUUACUUGCCUUUUAGCUAACUCUAAGCGGGCUGUCAUGUGCCUUUUUACUGAGGAGUGGCUUCCGUCUGGCCACUCUACCAUAAAGGCCUGAUUGGUGAAGUGCUGUAGAGAUGGUUGUCCUUCUGGAAGGUUCUCCCAUCUCCACAGAGGAUCUCUGGAGCUCUGUCAGUGACCAUCAGGUUCUUGGUCACCUCCCUGACCAAGGCCCUUCUCCUCUGAUUGCUCAGUUUGACCAGGCGGCCAGCUCUAGGAAGAAUCUUGGUGGUUACAAACUUCUUCCAUUUAAGAAUGAUGAAGGCCACUGUGCUCUUGGGGACCUUCAAUGCUGCAGAAAUGUUCUGUACCCUUCACCAGAUCUGGGCCUCAAUACAAUCCUGUCUCUGAGCGCUAUGGAAAAUUCCUUUGACCUCAUGGCUUGGUUUUUUUCUCUGACAUGCACUGUCAACUGUGGGACCUUAUAUAGACAGGUGUGUGCCUUUCCAAAUCAUGUCCAAUCAGUUGAAUUUACCACAGGUGGACUCCAAUCAAGCUGUAGGAACAUCUCAAGGAUGAUCAAUGGAAACAGGAUGCACCUGAGCUGAAUUUUGAGUCUCAUAGCAAAGGUUCUAAAUACUUACGUAAAUAAGGUAUUUCCGUUUUUUAUUUAUGCAUUUGCAAAUUUUUCUAGCAACCUGUUUUCACUUUGUCAUUAUGGGGUAUUGUGUGUAGAUUGAUUGAGGGGAAAUGUUUUAGUUUAAUCCAUUUUAGAAUAAAGCUGUAACGAAAUGUGGUGAAGGGGUCUGAAUACUUUCCGAAUGCACUGUAUUAGCUACUAUGCUGGCUAGAUAAACAUGGUGUUAAGAUAUCAGGUAGGCGCUAAUAGCCAAUGGAGCUAGCUAACGUUAGCUGGUCGUCAGUUUGUACAUGCACCAUUUUCGGCAAUGAGCCAUCUGACUUGCGGUAUAACGUUAGCUGCUAUUUACUGGUGUGCUGAUCAGACCAGCUGCAAUUGCAUCCGUAAAUUGAAAGUUGAUAGUCUUAUUAGAUGAUUGUCUUAAUAGGGAAAGAAGGAAGUGUUUUAUAAUGCCUAAGUAAAGGUUGGCAAUAGGUUUAGCUACGUAAGAAUCUUCCUGCAUGUUUAUGGACCAAGAAAGCUGUAGAUCAGCGCACUUCUCAAACUAUGGGCAGAUUUGAGUCAUUCAGACAGAAUGUGCAUGGUCGUUUUAAUAUUUUUUCCUACCCUCUCUCUCCUUGUUAGAUAUUAUGCACAUUUAUGGCUUGGUUGCAAAAGUCAUCACAAUUGAGCUAGUUCUCAUAGUAGCAGUAAACAGCACCAAGUGAUAUGGCGAUGGAUGUGAGCUGUGAAAGGAAACGGCGUUACAGCCUCACUAUCCAAUCGUAGGAUCGGCCCAUUUCUUGACAGCUGAACUAGCCAAUUUAGUUGUUUAGAAUUUCCUCCUGGUAGCUGAGUUGUUUAAAGAUCCGUCCUGACCGCUGAAAAAAAAAUACGUUCUCGAUCACGGAAGUAGUUUUAUAAGCAUCCGUGAUCACAAAUCAUGAUGUUACGUUGGACCCAUUUGCAUUGAAAAUGUUAUUUUAAAUUCUCAAACUAACAGCAGUGCCUAUAUGAUGUCCUUCCAUACAGGUGUGACAUGCUGGAGUAAUGCUUCAAUGCAGAUGUUGAUCAGUAGGCUGAUAUAAGUCCCAAAUGGAAGGCAAACAGAUUGUUUGUCAUCUGUAGCACCAUAGACUCCACUGAUCAGCCAAAACAAGCUCAAUAACUAAAUGCAUGCACACACUCCUACUGAAUAUGCAUUCACCUGUAUUGUGGGUAGGCCUAUCUCAUCUUAAUUGACCCAGUUUAUCAAGAGAUUUACCAUUCAAAUACAUUUGACUAGUAUGUUAUGUAGUUAGAUUGGUAAAAACAAAGUCCAAUUCAUUGUCUGAUUUUUUUAAAAUUGAUGCAUUAAUGCGUACAUAGCUUUCUCUAUGCGUAACCAACCAAUUUGCAAUGUGCGCUUGAGGCAGUGUAAUUUUUAAAAACCUGAAUGUUUUACUUUACUUCAAAUAAGGCAUAUCUUACCUUGCUUCAAUGUAGCCUACACUUACAAAAACAUAUUGCAUUUAUAGUGCAGUGUGUAACUGCAAUCUUUUUUUGUAAGGGUAGCCAAAAUCCAACCAUAGAAACGUGGAGGAAAUAUAUUUUAUAAAGGCCAUUAACCAGAAUUUCUCUCCUCUUUUAUUGGUUUUCAUAUUAACUUUAUUUAGUUCUCCAGAAGCCGAAGGCACAAUCCUAGUCAUAUUAGCAACCCAUGCUAGUAGUUGCUGUUAGAUUCCCCCUCCCUUUCUAAGUUUCUAACAGAGAUUUUCAUCUGUGUCACAUAGGGAACUGCUCGGCAUCAGGUGAUGGCGAAUUACAUUUUGGCAAAUGUUUGAAAAUAACGUUUUAUUGGCUGCUUCAUUACAGGAGCUGCACGUUCAAUAAUAGCCUUUUUACUAUAAGACGAUAGGUUUGCUAUUGUUGCAUAUUUCCAUCAAGCUGUUAAUGAAAGUGUCUGUUCCUUGUACGCAUGCAUAGUAUUUUCUGUUGGCCACGUAAUUUGAGUGUUUUGAAAUAAUGUAACCUGGUUAACGAGGGCAUGUUAGUCGGCAGCAAAAUUGACUGAAAUGUACAUCUCUCAAGAGAUACAAGUCCCAUGAAACUAGGUCAGUAGUAGGAGUAUGCUAUACUAGCUCGACAUGUACGAGAACCAGUUUGUGUAUUAUUUGUUUUGUUAAACUGCAAAUGGGACAUAAUGUUAGGCUAAGCAAAACAUACUGUCAGUGUUUGAAGUUGAAAGCUACUGAUCAAGGGCUAGACUGUCUCAGAUUAGACUGACAAUAGUCUGAUACUGGCUCCUCCCUAACAGGUAUAAUAACAAAACUGCCUUUUGAAGACUAAAUGGAGUUUCUAUCCAUGUGUGACACGAGGGUUUUGCUUUUUAACAAUGUGUGAAGUCUAAAAGCUAAGGUUUUAUUCAAAUGGUGUCUCUGUCAGGUCCCCUGGUGUUUUCUCUGAAUUAGAACCACCAAUGAUUGAUCUCUUCUAUUUUACUUUAUGCCAAGUUUUACCCCUCUCCCUGCGGAAACCCAUUAGAAAAUAGGCCUGGCCUACAUGUAUGUAAAAAAAAAAAAAGAACAUAUGUUUUGAUUUUUUAAUGAAUGUGUAAAAAAAAUUGUGCCAUCUUUAUUCUAUUAGAGAAUACUUUCUUAAAUUAUAUUAUGUGCGCUAAACGUAAGAAUAAAAAAUGAAAACACACUACUGGUCAAAAGUUUUAGAACACCUACUCAUUCAAGGGUUUUUAUUUUAUUUGUACUAUUUUCUACAUUGUAGAAUAAUAGUGAAGACAUCAAAACUAUGGAAUCAUGUAGUAACCAAAAAAGUGUUAAACAAAUAAAAGUAUAUUUGAGAUUCUUCAAACUAGCCAUCCUUUGCCUUGAUGACAGCUUUGCACACUCUUGGCAUUCUCUCAACCAACUUCAUGAGGGAGUCACCUGGAAUGCUUUUCCAACAGUCUUGAAGGAGUUCCCACAUAUGCUGUUGGCUGCUUUUCAUUUACUCUGCGGUCCAACUCAUUCCAAACUAUCUAAAUUCCGUUGUGGUCGGGUUGUGGAGGCCAGGUCAUCUGAUGCAGCACUCAUCACUCUCCUUCUUGGUCAAAUAGCCCGUACAAAGCCUGGAGAUGUGUUUUGGGUCAUUGUCCUGUUGACCCCUUCUCCUCCAGCUGGUCCACAUGAAUGGUCUCUCAGUUCCCUUCUUAGCAGCCGACUUGAUGUCAGACCACUAUUUUUUACGCCGGCGUCACUGUCCCUUGCCAUACCCCCGACGGCAGAGACUCGGCCACUCUCGCCCAUCCUCUCUUUUUGGUCUCUGCAGUGACCCCGCAGUUAUCAAGUCUCCCCAACAGCAAACUUUUCCUGGCUGCUAUUUCCUCCAUCACUUCAAGCUCUAGUUUUUAUUAGGCUUUCCUUGGUUAUCCAUUUUUGUUUUUGAUGUAGCUAGUCUGAUGGCUAUAAUGUGUCAAACAAACAUUUGUUUUUGUACAUUAAGGGUUUCGCGAGCCAACAAAAGCAAAACAUCUGUAGACAUAAAGCAGAUAAAUGUAAUCAAAUGGAAAUAUCAGCUCUUUAUUAUAGUCAGCCAAAUCAUAUCAUCCCUGUCACAUAGGCUUAUUUAUUGGUUUCAAGCAUGUCACUAAUGCCACAUAAGAAGAUAAUUACGAAGUUCUUAGGAAAGAUAUUCCUAAGAAAACUAUGAAUUCCUAAGAACAUUGAGGAAUUACACUUACUAACUUAUUUUUUUCCCCCCUUAAACUUCUUAAGUAGUGUUUUGUAAAUCCAGCUCCAGGUGACUACCUCAUGAAGCUGGUUGACAGAAUGCCAAGAGGUGUGCAAAGAUGUCAAGGCAAAGGGUGGCUAAUUUGAAGAAUCUCAAAUAUGAAAAUAUUUUGAUUUGUUUAAUACUUUUUGGAUUCCAUAUGUGUUAUUUCCUGGUUUUGAUGUCUUCACUGUUAUUCUAUAAUGUAGAAAAUAGUCAAAAUAAAGAAAAACCCUGGAAUGAGUAGGUGUGUCCAAACUUUUGACUGGUACUAUGUGUAUAUAUAAUCUUUGAAAACUAACAAUCACCAAAAUAAAUGCUAGCGUCAGGGAGAGUUGGAAAUUCCCAAAACAAUGAAUUUAGCAGUAUUAAUUUUAUGUUUUGAGCAAAAGAACAGCAUUAGUCAUGGCAAAAUGUGUAGAAUUGCAGGAUAUUUGCUCUAUAGGGCACUAUAAAAUCAGCGUUGCAGAAAACGUGGACAGAAUCACGGAAUCCAGACAUUAAAGUGGAAUUCAAAAAUGUAUUGAACUUAUUAGAAAAUUCCUUAAUUCGCCCAAAGUUAAUCAUAAGGCAUGAACAAAAUGCAUCAAUAAUGCAACUUUCUGAAACGGAACAGGAAUGCUAGUCUGGGUGUGUGUCGUGUUGGAUCCGAUUUUAGUGGAACUAUUCACCGAUAUACAGUAUCUGCUGAUAUUUUUAUUAUAGCUGGACAAAAAAAAACUUUAGCGAUUUGUGCUUAAAACAGCCCUACAAAGAUACUCAGAAAGCUGAUUACUUACAUUUGAGGAAAAAACAUUAAUAUAAGCACCACAUAAAAUUUAGGAGCACCAGAAAGACUGAUUUUUUUUUUUAAUAGGAAAAACAGUUACUCUAGUGAAAGGAGGAUAAAUUGCACUGAUUCCAGCAAAUAAUACGUCUAAGCUCAUGCUAGCCAGCUGGAAAACGUAGGGACAUCCCAAGGUUUAGCGUAGGGACAUCCCAAGGAUCCCGGGUGGCACUAACCCUCAGUGAACGGUGUCCACUACUCUCACACAGCUAGUUUGCUGGCUAGAUGGAUUGACGAAAUGGGAAUUUGGACCAGUCCCUGACAAGUGACAACCCAUACAUCAAAAAGUAGCUAUGAAGCGCUACUUUGUAACCUGCUGUUUUUUUUUUUGUGUCUCUAAAAACAUAUGAAUGACCGAGCUUGAGAAAUAACCUUUGCAAAGAGCAAAUUCUAAAACACCAGAUUUUGCCGGCUUCACUAAAGGGCUGUAACGUUAACGUUACCACAGAGUUGAAUGUUCUUAGCACGGCACUUCUUAGCACGGCUUUACAUUUGGGCAUAGCAUCCAUUGUUUGUUACAACACCCAACACCAUACCAUGACACUUAACGUAACAGUUUAUGGCCAGUGUGCAUUUCUGACACUUUUUGAGCUGCCAAGCUUUUAUCUACUCGGCACUCAACGUAGAAGCAGGUGUAGUUUCGUGGGGUGAUAGUGUCCAGUCUUGCUGUAGCGCGCCAAGGCAAGAUGGGCUUAUAGCCAUGUAAAGAGUGCCCUAUUCAGGACGAAUAAUGAAAUCCGUUUUCUCCUAAUCUUAUACCUGUCCUUUUUUCGGUGGAUUAAAUGCCGAUACAAAUGCAUCCAUAAAAGGUCAACCAAUAAAUCGGUUGGGCUCUAGUGGGGUGUGCGCGUGUAUGUCUAGAGCGUGCACUUCGUGUAGCCGUUAGCGAUAAUGCUAAUGAUAACCGUAUGCUGGUGAUGGAAAGGUUUCCCAAAAACCUUCUCGAUUUAAAUGUCAACCACAAAGUAGCCUAUGCCUACCUGGCAGAAUAUAAUCCAGUGGCCAUUUGUUUGGCACACUCUGCAAUCACAUGAGCGCUACAGAAACACAGCUAGCUAAACAACAGUCUCUGGCAUGGUGUGCACUUGCAUUAAAGGAUAACUACACACAAAAUUCUACAUUUCUUCAUUUUUCCCAGGCCUCAAAAGUGGUCUCCUAAUGUGGUUUAAAGGAAUACUUCGGGAUUUUGGCAAUCUACUUCCCAGAGUCAGAUGAACUCGUGAAUACCAUUUUCCAGUAUGAAGGCGGUUGCGGAGGUAGUUUUGCGAGCCAAUGCUAACUAGUGUUAGCGUGAUGAUUUGGAAAUCUAUGGUAUCUACUCAAAAUAACAGUUUUUAUAGGGCCCUAGUUUUAAAACUGCAAACGUUUAUCUCAGCUCCAUGGAGAAAUGUGUAGAAUUGCAGGAAAUUGUCUUUAAAAUGCUAACAUUUGAGGCCCCUAAACAUGGGGGCCUCUAAAAUUCAGCCAUACAUAUGGGCCGACCACGCCCAUUGCCACGCCCACCACCUAAGCCCCUUUUUGAAUCAGAAUAAACCCUUAUCUGUGAUUCACAUAACCCCCUUAGUUAAUUGUUUACCUUUCUUGGGCUCUGUGGAUAUCAUGAGCUAUUAAUGGGCAAUGAUUGUGGUUUCCUCAUCUCCUGACUCUCGUGGUUAAAUUGUGUCCUCUCUGAUGACGAUUCCCCCUCUUACACUGUAUCCCUUGCUCUUUCCCCCUGUAAAGAAAGCCAUAGAUGCAGCGCGAGCGCUGACACCCACCAACUCCCCUCUGUCGUCACCAAGCAAACAUGGCGACCGCUUCAUCCCCUCCCGCGCUGGCGCCAACUGGAGCGUGAACUUCCACCGCAUUAAUGUGAGUCCCCCGCAAUGCACCCUGGGAUUUUGUCUUGUGCCCUAAGUUUUACAUCUGUUGUGUUGAUUGUAUCGUUUUCUGGGUUGCAGCACCUAUAAUCACUGUGUUGAUGUUGUGUAGGAGAAUGAGAAGUCCCACAAUCAGAACAGGAAGGCAAAGGAUGGCACAACAGACACUAGCAAAGGUAACCCUCUUGACUCCUUUAAAGUCUCCUAUUGCACUUCAUCUGGGUUGCGCAUACAUGUCUGCUCACCCCAUCUGUUCCCCACUAUUUCUCCUCUAGCGGACGGCCUGGCGUACUCUGCCCUGCUAAAGAACGAGCUGCUGGGGGCAGGCAUAGAGAAGGUCCAGGACCCCCAGUCAGAGGACCGCCGCCUCCAGCCCUCAACCCCUGCCAAGAGGAGCCUCUUUAGUGUACGUAGUAGGCCCUUCUGGGGGGAAUGGUGUCUUUUCCCAAACUACCAGGACUAGUGUACUGUAUGCUGGAGUUAGCCACUUAAUUUUCGUUAGUCAUACUACAACAUGUUAACUUUUGAUGCUGAAUAUGCCACUUGUGUGUGUUUACAGUAUUCUGUCAGUGCCAAACGGUCUCUCCCUGAGGAUGGCAACACAGUCUCUCCAUACUCCCUGUCUCCUGUUAGCAGCAACAGGUAACCACCACCUUCACUUUCUCAUUUAAUUUGAUAUUAUAUGGCCAACAGUGAUUGUUUUAGUUCUCUUCUCCCUCUCAUUCCAUUCUAAUGAUAUUACUCUUGGUGAAGAAGAGUCUCUUCUGUUUCACAUUUAAUUGUCUCCCUCCUUAUAGUCAGAAGCUGUUACGGUCACCUAGGAAACCCACACGUAAGAUCUCUAAGAUCCCCUUCAAGGUGCUGGAUGCUCCGGAGCUGCAGGAUGACUUCUACCUCAACCUGGUGGACUGGUCCUCCCUCAACGUCCUCAGUGUCGGCCUGGGCACCUGUGUCUACCUGUGGAGCGCCUGCACCAGCCAGGUGUGUUUCUGUGUGUGUUAAAGUGUAACUCUCAACCCAAAUUUACAGCCUUUGCCCAACUCCUUCAAAUGUUCAAAAAAUGCAUUCAGGUGAGAAGAUGUGGGUGUGGGGAAUUGUUAAUAAAUAUUCAUUUUGAGGGUGGGUAAACGUACCUGAUCCCAACACUUUCUCACUAAAGCAUACUUACUACAAGUCCACUGGCACGCUCUGAUAAAAAUAAUGUGCAUUGCAAGUAAAUUGGGCUCUGGACAGUUGGCUCACAGUGGUAAGGUGGUGAGUUCCUGAUAUCUAUUGCCACUUGCGGUGUAAGUACAAAUCCCCAUGGGGUGCAAAAAUAAUCUUUGAAAUGUGGACUCACAUUUAUUGUGGUAUUGUGUUGGGAAGAAAAGUGUGAUCAUCACCUUGAAAAUGAACAUGAGGGGCUCAAUUCAAUCCAACCCGCAUUGCAGUAUUACGCAGUAGCUAUUUUUCCAAUGGACAAAUUAACUCACGGAUUGGUUGUGGGUACUGUGUAAAAACCUACAAUUACUACCAGGGCGACCCUUCUCGCAGGUAUGCUUUCACUUUUCAGAAUUAGAAGUGUCUGGGCAUGGUAUGAAUAUAGUAAAUAUAGAAUUUGGAUAAAAAUAAUAUCUGCCUCGUGGGAUUAGAACUCAGAACCAUUGUACUAUGAGCUAACUGUCAUAGUGGACUGCCCCACCAAUCAGUCAUAGCCGUUAGGGGAAAAUACAAGAACUUGACCACUUUGUCAUCUAUUUGUACUUAUGAUGGAUGUUUUAAUAUUUUGUAUAUAUACACUACCAGUCAAAAGUUUGGACACACCUACUCAUUCAAGGGUUUUCUCUAUUUUUACUAUUUUCUACAUUGUAAAAUAAUAGUGAAGACAUCAAAACUAAAUAACACAUAUGGAAUCAUGUAUCAACAAAAAAAGUGUUCAACAAAUCAAAAUAUAUUCUUCAAAUAUCCACCUUUUGCCUUGAUGACAGCUUUGUACAUUCUUGGCAUUCUCUCAACCAGCUUCAUGAGCAUGGAAUGCAUUUCAAUUAACAGGUGUGCCUUAAGUUAAUUUGUGAAAUUUCUUUCCUUCUUAAUGUGUUUGAGCCAAUCAGUUGUGUUGUGACAAGGUAGGGGGGGUAUACAGAAGAGAGCCCUAUUUGGUAAAAGACCAAGUCCAUAUUAUGGCAAGAACAGCUCAAAUGAGCAAAGAGAAACGAUAGUCCAUCAUUACUUUAAGACAUGAAGGUCAGUCUAUACGGAACAUUUCAAUAACUUUGAUAGUUUCUUCAAGUGCAGUCGCAAAAACCAUCAAGCGCUAUGAUGAAACUAGCUCUCAUGAGGACCGCCACAGGAAUGGAAGACCCAGAGUUACCUCUGCUGCAGAGGAUAAGUUCAUUAGAGUUACCAGCCUCAGAAAUUGCAGCCCAAAUAAAUGCUUCACAGAGUUCAAGUCACAGACACAUCUCAACAUCAACUGUUCAGAGGGGACUGUGUGAAUCAGGCCUUCAUGGUCGAAUUUCUGCAAAGAAUCCACUACUAAAGGACACCAAUAAGAAGAGACCUGCUUGGGCCAAGAAACACGAUCAAUGGACAUUAGACCGGUGGAAAUUUGUGCUUUGGUCUGGAGUCCAAAUUUGAGAUUUUGGGUUUCAACCGCCGUGUCUUUGUGAGACGCGGUGUGGGUGAAUGGAUGAUCUCAACAUGUGUAGUUCUCACUGUAAAGCAUGUUUUUUAGUUUUGAUGUCUUCACUAUUAUUCUACAAUGUAGAAAAUAGUAAAAAUAAAGAAAACCCUUGAAUGAGUAGGUGUGUCCAAACUUUUGACUGGUAGUGUGUAUAUAUAAAAAAUAUUAAAACAUCCAUCAUAAGAACAAUUAAAUAUUUUUCUUCAUCAAAUAGCAUAGAAAUCAUCACUUUUUGUGCAGUGUUAAUUUACCAUCCUUACAAACCACUUAAUGUACUUUACUGUAUUGUACAUAGGCUGGUCAUUAGGUUUGUACCUGUAGACUUUCCAUCACCAUGAAGAAUAACAAUGCACAAUACAGUAAUUGAGUACAUUGAGACAUCAAGUGGUUUGUGAUGUGACUCAGUUGGUAGAGCAUGGCGCUUGCAAUACUAGGGUUGUGGGUUCGAUUCCCAUGAAAAAAUGAAAAUAUUCCCCCAAAAAAUGAAAAUAUAUGCACUCUCUACUGUAAGUUGCUCUGGAUAAGAGUGUCUACUAAAAUGGAAAAGGAAUGAAUAGACCAUUUUAAGUUAACACAUAGAUUUUAUGUUGCAUUUGCAAAGUAUUUAAAAAAACUGGAAAAGAUAUAUCAAGCUAGUAUUUUUAUUCCUCAAGUAUUAUCAGAUUAACUGUUUUGUACAGAUAAUUAUCAGACUCAAGUUACAAAUGCUGGUAAACACUCAAAUACAUGUAGUUUUCCAAAAAUCACAAAAGUAGUGCACUGUGCCGUUACUAGUCCUAUAUUAUCGGACCUGAUAUACUGUAUAGGUCUUCAGCUCUGCCAAUUUUUCUUCUUCUGCGUCCCCCCUCCCCUGUCGGAAAAAAAUCGCAACACCCCCACCCCCAAACUACUUCCCGCGGCUAUGCAUUUAGAAGGGAGUUUGUUUCAUACCGAACCCCUCCCUUGAGAUGACGUAGAGGCACCUUCUCAAGGUACCUUCUCAAGGUGCCUCUACAUCACGAUUUCAAUGGCAGAGUUGAACCGCUAUGGGCAGAAAGAGCUAGAUUUACUAUUAAAAGACCUUCAUGUAUCACUUUUGCAACAAACUGUCAAAAUGAAGACCAGAAUUGACAUGUUUCACUAUUGUUUUUUUCAUGUUACUCUUUGAUACACUGAAAUCAGUGACCACUUCACUGUGAGAAACGGCCUACUAUUUGAUGUUUCCAAUUAUCUCGAAGGCAUUUUGUAAGCUCUUUCAUGUGAAAUGAGUUGGUAAUUGACAAUAUAACAAUUGUCUUUUGGUCUCCAGGUGACGCGUCUGUGUGACCUGUCAGUGGAGGGGGACUCUGUCACGUCAGUGGGCUGGUCAGAGAGGGUGUGUCUUCCUGCUUUACCUCCUAUAUGUUCUCAUGGAUAUCACUUAUCAGAGCCAUGUACUGUAUUUACAGAGUUGGGACAUUAAGACUUCUGCAUUUACAGUGCAUUCGGAAAGUAUUCAGACCCCUGGACUUUUUCCACAUUUUAUUUCGUUACAGCCUUAUUCUAAAAUUGAUGAAAUUGUUUUUUCCCCUCACCAAUCUACACACAAUACCCCAUAAUGACAAAGCAAAAACAGGUUGUUAGAAAUUUUUGCUAAUGUAUUUAAAAAAAAAAAAAAAAAACAUUUUACAUAAGUAUUCAGACCCUUUACUCAGGACUUUGUUGAAGCACCUUUGGCAGCGAUUCACCCCAGUCUGAGGUCCUGAGCACUCUGGAGCAGGUCUUCAUCAAGGAUCUCGCUGUACAUUGCUCCAUUCAUGUUUCCCUCAAUCCUGACUAGUCUCCCAGGCCCUGCCGCUGAAAAACAUCCCCACAGCAUGAUGCUGCCACCACCAUGCUUCUCUGUAGGGAUGGUGCCAGGUUUCCUCCAGACAUGAUGCUUGGCAUUCAGGCCAAAGAGUUCAAUCUUGGUUUCAUCAGACCAGAGAAUGUUGUUUCUCCUGGUCUGAGAGUCCUUUAGGUGCCUUUUGGCAAACUCCAAACGGACUGUCAUGUGCAUUUUACUGAGGAGUGGCUUCUGUCUGGCCACUGUACCAUAAAGGCCUGAUUGGUGAAGUGCUGCAGAGAUGGUUGUCAUUCUGGAAGGUUCUCCCAUCUCCACAGAGGAUCUCUGGAGCUCUGUCAGUGACCAUCAGGUUCUUGGUCACCUCCCUGACCAAGGCCCUUCUCCCCCGAUUUGCUCAGUUUGACCGGGUGGCCAGCUCUAGGAAGAGUCUUGGUGGUUCCAAACUUCUUCCAUUUAAGAAUGAUGGAGGCCACUGUGUUCUUGGGGACCUUCAAUGCUGCAGAAAUGUGUUAAUACCCUUCCCCUCUACAUAAUCCUGUCUCGGAGCUCUACGGACAAUUCCUUCGACCUCAUGGCUUGGUUUUUGCUCUGACAUGCACUGUCAACUGUAGGACCUUAUAUAGACAGGUGUGCCUUUCCAAAUCAUGUCCAAUCAAUUGAAUUUACCACAGGUGGACGCCAAUCAAGUUGAAGAAACAUCUCAAGGAUAAUCAAUGGAAACAGGAUCCACCUGAGCUCAAUUUCGAGUCGCAUUGCAAAGGGUCUGAAUACUUGUAUAAAUAAGGUAUUUCUGUUUUCGCUUUGUCAUUUAUGGCGUAUUGUGGGGGAAAAAAUGGUUUAAUCCAUUUUAGAAUAGGGCUGUAACGUAACAAAUUGGAAAAAGUCAAGGGAUCUGAAUACUUUCCGAAUGCACUGUACAUGACACUACAACAGUCUAUGGCAGCCAUUGUUAGCGCCCUAUUAACAUUACAUUAGGAAUAUCUAAACAAUGCUAUGUAACUGUAUGUUUAGAAUUGGAACAAUAUAACACAUUCUGAAAGUUGGCCCAACUCGCUAAAUAUAUGGCUCUGCCCCUUAGUUGACCCUAUAUCCCUUUCUAGAGAUUUCAGGUGGUGUGAUGGAUAUGCCCUUAUACCAUGUCUGGUUAUUGUAUUAAUGUGUGUGUGUGUGUGUGUGUGUAUGGUGUUUUCUUCAGGGGAACCUGGUAGCAGUGGGGACUCAUAAGGGCUAUGUACAGAUCUGGGACGCGGCAGCAGGGAAGAAGCUGUCUGUACUGGAGGGACACACAGCCAGAGUGGGUGAGUGGGAGUAGACUGAUACUGUCUUACAGAGAGAACAGGACAGCUUCUCCUCAGAGAGAGAGAGAGGAACAGUAGUGAUGCAACCAUAGAAAUAGAAUGACAUGGAAUACAAUAUCUAUUCAUUGUAUUGCUAUGGCUUCAUUAAAUAUUUAGCCUUUAGUCAAAACAACUAUGAAAACUUUAGCUGUUAUGUAUGAUAUGAAUAUAAUUGAUUUGCAAACUCUUUCUCUCUAGGUGCGUUGGCGUGGAAUGCCGACCAGUUAUCGUCGGGCAGUCGUGAUAGGGUGAUCCUGCAGAGGGACAUCCGAGCCCCACCCCUCCAGUCAGAACGCCGUCUUCAGGGACACAGACAGGAAGUCUGCGGCCUCAAGUGGAGCACAGACCACCAGCUGCUGGCCUCAGGGGGGAACGACAACAAGGUACACGCACACACAUCAGACACAGCACCAGGGUUGGGGUCAAUUCCAUUUGAAUUCAGGAAGUACACUGAAAUUCUAAUUCUCUCCAAUGUUUUUCAAUUAGGAACAUUUAGAAUUUGGUUUACUUUCUGAAUUGACUGGAAUUUAAAUGGAAUUGACCCCUGCACAGCACAGACCAACUACUGGUAUCAGUGUAAUUACAAGACACAAAACACACACAGAAACACAAACCUGCAGUCUGACCUAUCCCAGAUUACAAUAGCUCAGCUGGUAGAGCACGGCGCUUGUAACGCCAAGGUAGUGGGUUCGAUCCCCGGGACCACCCAUACACAAAAAUGUAUGCACGCAUGACUGUAAGUCGCUUUGGAUAAAAGCGUCUGCUAAAUGGCAUAUUAUAUUAUUAUUAUUAUAUAAAACCCACCCUCUCUUGAAUAACUACACUACUGCUUUUAUCCUUAUGCUAUUGCAUUAUUUCCCAAGAAAACUAACAAUCCUUACCCCUCCCCAUAGCUGCUGGUAUGGAACCACUCCAGUGUUCUCCCGGUGCAGCAGUACACAGAGCACCUGGCUGCGGUGAAGGCCAUCGCUUGGUCCCCCCAUCAGCACGGCCUGCUGGCAUCUGGAGGGGGUACAGCCGACCGCUGCAUCCGCUUCUGGAACACCCUGACGGGCCAGCCCCUGCAGUGCACCGACACCGGAUCCCAGGUCUGCAACCUGGCCUGGUCCAAACACACCAAUGAACUGGUACGUAGCUAGUGGGUGCUUUUUGGGUUCAUUCUUUGGGAAACCUGAACAUAAAUGACUGAUUUUUAUUUAUUUAUAUAUAUAUAUAUUUUUACUUUGGCACAAAGAAAUUCCCUUUAAUAUAAAUAAUUUGGACUCCUAUUAAAACCCUCUUGAGUCAAUUUCGGCAGCAUUCCGCAUCUGCGGUGGAUGGCCAAGCUACAACGGUGUUUCAGACCAUGAGACGUCACAAAUCUGUCUUCUCACGAAAACGUCUGUCGUCCGAAUGGUUUGGGUUACAAACUAAUAUGACCUCUCUAUGGAAAGAUGAGACUCACGAACACUUAUAUGCAUGAACACCCACAAGCCUCACAGGACUCGCCUGAAGGCAGCCUGCUACCAGUUACAAAAAUGAAUGGAAGUACUCGUGGUCCUCUGGAGCUCAGCUGGUAGAGCACGGCGCUUGUAACGCCAAGGUAAUGGGUUCAAUCCCCGGGACCACCCAUACACAAAAAUGUAUGCACGCAUGACUGUAAGUCGCUUUGGAUAAAAGCGUCUGCUCAAUGGCAUAUUAUUAUUAUACACUACAUGAACAAAAGUAUGUGGACACCUACUCAUCGAACAUCUCAUUCCAAAAUCAUGUGCAUUCAUAUAGAGUUGGUCCCCCCUUUGCUGCUAUAACAGCCUUCCCCAAACUGUUACCACAAAGUUGGUAGCACAUAAUCGUCUACAAUGUCAUUUUAUGCUGUAGCGUUAAGAUUUCCCUUCAUGGGAAUUAAGGGGCCUAGCCCGAACCAUGAAAAACAGCCCCAGACCAUUAUUCCUCCUCCACCAAACUUUACAGUUGGCACUAUGCAUUAGGGCAGGUUGCGUUCUCCUGGCAUCCGCCAAACCCAGAUUCGUCCAUCGUCCUGCCAGAUGGUGAAGUGUGAUUCAUCACUCCAGAGAACGCGUUUCCACUGCUUCAGAGUACAAUGGCGGCAAGCUUUACACCACUCCAGCCGACGCUUGGCAUUGCGCAUGGUGAUCUUAGGUUUGUGUGCGGCUGCUCCGCCAUGGAAACCCAUUUCAUGUAGAAUCCAACGAACUGUUCUUGUGUUGACGUUGCUUCCAGAGGCAGUUUGGAACUCGGUAGUGAGUAUUGCAACCGAGGACGAUUUUUCAGCACUCGGCGUUCCAGUUCUGAGCUUGUGUAGCCUACCACUUCACGGCUGAGCCGUUGUUGCUCCUAGAUGUUUCCACUUCACAAUAACAGCACUUACAGUUGACCGGGGAAGCUCUAGCAGGGCAGAAAUUUGACCAACUGACUUGUUGGAAUGGUGCCAUCCUAUGACGGUGCCACGUUGAAUGUCACUGAGCACUUCAUUUAAGGUAAUUUUACUGCCCGUGUUUGUCUAUGGAGAUUACAUGGCUGUGUGCUCAAUUUUAUACACCUGUCUGCAACAGGUGUGGCUGAAAUAGCCGAAUCCACUAAUUUGAAUGGGUAUCCACAUACUUUUGUGUAUAUAUAGUGCAUUCGGAAAGUAUUCAGACCCCUUGACUUUUUCCACAUUUUGUUACGUUACAGCCUUAUUCUAAAAUGGAUUAAAUUGUAUUUUUUAUCUCAUUAAUCUGUACACAAUACCCCAUAAUGACAAAGUGAAAACAGGUUUUUAGAAAUGUUUGCAAAUGUAUUAAACAUUUAAAACUGAAAUACCUUACUUUCAUAAGUAUUCAGACCCUUUGCUAUGAGACUUGAAAUUGAGCUCAGGUACAUCCUAUUUCCAUUGAUCAUCCUUGAGAUGUUUCUACAACUUGGAGUCCACCUGUGGUAAUUGUUUGGACUUGAUUUGGAAAGGCACACACCUGUCUAUAUAAGAUCCCACAGUUGACAGUGCAUGUCAGAGCAAAAUCCAAGCCAUGAGAUCGAAGGAAUUGUCCGUAGAGCUCCGAGACAGGAUUGUGUCGAGGCACAGAUCUGGGAAAGGGUACCAAAACAUUUCUGCUGCAUUGAAGGUCCCCAACAACACAGUGGCCUCCAUCAUUCUUAAAUAGAAGAAGUUUAGAACCACCAAGACUCUUCCUAGAGCUGGCCUCCUGGCCAAACUGAGCAAUCGGGGGAGAAGGGCCUUGGUCAGGGAGGUGACCUAGAACCCGAUGGUCACUCUGACAGAGGUCCAGAGUUCCUCUGUGUAGAUGGGAGAACCUUCCAGAUGGACAACCAUCUCUGCAGCACUCCACCAAUCAGGCCUUUAUGGUAGAGUGACCAGACGGAAGCCACUCCUCAGUAAAAGACACAUGACAGCCCGCUUGGAGUUUGCCAAAAGGCAACUAAAGACUCUCAGACCAUGAGAAACAAGAUUCUCUGGUCUGAUUAAACCAAGAUUGAACUCUUUGGCCUGAAUGCCUAGCGUCAUGUCUGGAGGAAACCUGGCACCAUCCCUAUGGUGAAGCAUGGUGGUGGAAGCAUCAUGCUGUUGGGAUGUUUUUCAGCAGCAGGGCCUGGGAGACUAGUCAGGAUCGAGGCAAAGAUGAAUGGAGCAAAGUACAGAGAGAUCCUUAAUGAAAACCUGCUCCAGAGCGCUCAGGACCUCAGACUGGGGCGAAGGUUCACCUUCCAACAGGACAACGACCCUAAACACACAGCCAAGACAAUGCAGGAGUGGCUUCGGAACAAGUCUCAAUGUCCUUGAGUGGGUCAGCCAGAGCCCGGACUUGAACCCGAUCUAACAUCUCUGGAGAGACCUGAAAAUAGCUGUGCAGCAACGCUCCCCAUCCAACCUGACAGACCUUAAGAGGAUCUGCAGAGAAGAGUGGGAGGAACUCCCCAAAUACCGGUGUGCCAAGCUUGUAGCGUCCUACCUAAGAAGACUUGAGCUGCCAAAGGUGCUUCAACAAAGUACUGAGGAAAGGGUCUAAAUACUUAUGUAAAUGUGAUAUUUCAGUUUUGUAUUUGUAAUAAGUUAGCAAAAGUUUAUAAUCCUGUUUUUGCUUCGUCAUUAUGGGGUAUUGUGUGUAGAUUGAGGAAAAAAUAAUUUUAUCAAUUUUAACAAAAUGUGGAAAAGGGCAAGGGGUCCAAAUACUUUCCAAAGGUUCUGUGUAUGGAAGUAGUUUAGUAUCUAAACUACUUCCAUAGGGAUUAAAUGUGUCAAAAAACAUAGUUUCCUGAUCUUUGUUAUAUCUCUCAGAUAUAGGGCAGACACUUCCAAAGAAACUUUUUUGUUUGACAAUUUGUUUUUCCAUGUAUGAAUAUUUUUAUUCAAUGUGUUUCUAUGGGCUUAUAGCAGUAAGGCCAAAUACAAUGUUUCAUCAAAUAUUUUGUAAAUAUUUUUGGGGAUACUUAAAUUCAAAAUCAAAUUACUAAAUUAUCGUUGGUAUGACAGUCUUAAAACAAUUCCAUAUGUUAGCUUAGUAGACCCCCCCCCCCCCCCCGCCUCGCAUAGACGCUAGUGGGUUAAAGGGAUAAUACACUCCAAACCACUAAUUCCUAUGAUUAAGUGUUAAAUGACACUCAAAUUUGAAAACAAUAUUUUUUGUGAACACAUUUUUCAUUUUGUCGUUAAAACAAGGUUCGUAUCAACGUGAAAAUCGUUGUGGAAAUCUGUUGGCAGCUGAAGUAGAAUAUAAAACCCACAAUGCAAUGCUCGCUCUGUGCUGGCUGGCUAUUUAGGUAGCUAGCUAGCAAAUGUAGCUACACACUAAUACUAAAGUCAAUAUCGGCAUGUGAAGUAGCUAGAUAGUUUGUAAAAUUGCGUUUACAAACUGCAUUAUCAAUUUAGGAGUCUCUCACAGAGUUCAGCUUGCAGUUCCUCUCUGCCCAGAGAAAGUGCAGUGUGUUGCUAUGGCAACAGCUGCCCUUUUCCAAGUUUCACACAGACACACAUGGCGCAUUGCAAAAUGGUACUUGAUGGAGAAAUUGAGUUGAAUCAUUUGGUGCACUGUUUAGAUUGAGCACAUUCUAAGCUAAAUAUAUACUUUGUCAUGAUGAUAUAAACAGAUGGAUGUGUUCUAGACUAGUAUGCCCACACCAUCUAUUGGCUGAUUUGGCGAUCUGGAGUGCAGGUAAAUUUUUAAAAAGCAUUAUGAAAUGUGAUGGGGGAUACCGCUAUCUCCAGUGACGAGAUCCAUGUAGCAAUGGCGCGUUCCUACAUGAUUUCUUUAUUUCAAACAGACCACUUAGAAGUUAAAUCAUGGGUAAAACAAUAAAUAAUUUACCCACUGAUAGAACAUAGGCUUUCACCAAAUUGACAGGAGUUUCAUGAUUUUUACUUUUGGGUUAAGCGUUUGUAACUAAAAAUGUUUUUACUUCCAGGUGAGCACACACGGUUACUCCCAGAACCAGAUCUUGGUGUGGAAGUACCCUUCCCUCACACAGGUGGCCAAACUCACAGGCCACUCCUACAGAGUACUCUACCUGGCCAUGUCCCCUGACGGAGAGGCCAUUGUGACAGGCGCCGGAGACGAGACACUGCGCUUCUGGAACGUCUUCAGCAAGAUGAGGUCCACCAAGGUAACCACACACCUCAUUGAUUGGCGACAUUGAUUUUGUGCUGCCUGUGCCCCAUAUAAAGUCUACCUUUUUUUAAAUGAUUUUGUUACCAAUACCAACCCAAUAUGCAAAACCAAUGUCUCAUUUGGGAAACACUGGUAUAGAGGAUUCUAGUGCGUUAGAGAACUGACCCCUGCUCUCUUCCUCUGCAGGAGUCUGUAUCUGUUCUGAACCUGUUUACCAGGAUCCGGUAGCCAGAGGGGGGGUGAACCCAGCCCAGAGGGAGUACUGUACUACACACAACACUGGAGUCCAUUCUGAUAAAUAAAUCCCCUCUCUCUGCCCCCUUAUGUCCUCCUACGCCUCUGGUAGGCUAGGGUCCUUUCAAAUACCCAAGGCCAGGUCGUCAAGCAGAUAGAUGGGAGUCAAUAUUCCAGUGGAAUAAAUCCACUCCUCACAACGCCCAUCACAACCAGUGUGACAUUACAAGGCAUACAGUUCCAUUGGUGAUUUCCUUGGGAGAGGAGGAUUCUGCGACGUGUUUUUCCCCAAGUGAUUCUGUUUUGUUUAGACUGUGCACACCUGCCAAAUACCAAGUUUGUACUUUUUUUGAAUGUUUUAUUUAUUGUUUUAUCACGUAAUGUCGCCAGGGUGCUUCAGCAGACUGUUUGUUUUGUUUUCUGUGUGAGUGAAUGUUGCGUGUCCGACUCUUCGUGAAGAGCCUGAAGCUUUUGUGUUUGUGCCUGCCUUAAAGGGAUAGUUUACAUCUAAAAUCAAAGUAUGUCAAAAAAUAUAUAUCCUUUACGAGGUAUGAAAAUGUGACAUGCUUUGACUUCAGGGUGAGCUGAAGUGAUUUUUUUUUAAACAUGUUGUAGACUGUUCUAAUUUAUUCACCUGGUAAAAAAACAACAAUAUUUUAAGUUAGUUGUGUGAUGCGUGUCAAUAAUGGCGGAAAUCUUACGUUUUUUUAAUUAGAAAAAAAAUCUGCAGUUGUAAUUUGAGCGGUGGCCGCAAACUAACUACAUAGAAUCACUUACCGUUUUUCUCUGUAAAUCGUGUUGUUUUGCCAGUUAAUUUUCUUUUUUAAAUUUUUAACGAAAGUGCCAGUAUCAGUACUCAGUAAUCAAUCGCAUGGAUAUAUGUAGGUUAACCUACAUUAACAGAGACACAUUUCCAAUUUUCGGUGUCUAUUGAGUUCCAAGAAAAUGUCAUUGCACUCAGUCUGAUAACGAGCAAGUAGUAUUUGGAAACAGGUAAAUAACUAGUCAUAACCUUUGGAAUUGAUACUUAUACCAGAUACAGGAUAAAAUAUUAAAAUCGUAACUUUUUCCUGGGUGUAGCAGUAACUGAAAUGCACCGUAAAGAAAAAAAGGAACAACAUUCAUGGUCUCUUAAAGGCAUCGCUGGUUGCAUUGUGCUAUGUGUGUCUGUGGUAUAAAGAUAUUUAGUCCAGGGCACUUCAUUUUUUUUCUCAGCAUUUCUUUGUGACUCUUGUAGUAGUUCUUUUUCAUUUUCUCAGUUUGGAUGUGGGUUUUGAGUGACCUUGUGUGCCAUCUUUGAAUGAGUGCUAUUUAUUUGAGCUGUGUAAAAAUUGUCCAGUACACCCAUAGCAUGUGUGUGUUAUUCUGAGAGUUGAUUAUUAUCUGAUAGUUGAAUGAUGGAAAGCUGACCUGUACAGUAUAUAGUAUACUAUAGCUCCAGUCCGAACUAAGCAUUUUUACUCAUUUUAUGCCACAGAAACAAAACAAAGAAUGCUGCCAU